AUGGAAGAUUACCUUGAUCCAUACUACUCAGUGUACCAUUUUAGACUAGCCUAUGGUGGUGUGAUCAAACCACUACCUGAUAAGUCUCAAUGGGCAAGUGUGGAUCCUAGAUUUAAAGUGCUACCACCACUUGAUAAGAGAGAGGUUGGAAGACAAAGGAAACUCAGAAUACCCAGCUGCACUGAGAACAAGGGAAGCAAACCCAAGGGCAAGGCAUGUGGCAAAAAAAGUCGGGCCAAGAAAGGAAAGGCAGGUAGGCCUGCUGGUUCUACCAAAGGUGAUGCGGCUCCUAGUCCAUCAAAAAGCCAAAUGCAAUUAACAAUGGUGAAAUUUGGAGGCACUAAUCAGAUCACUGCAAGCCCUAGAGCAGUGACUAGAAGUCAAACCGGAGAAGGGGCGAGUAAUACUAUGGCCACUCCAAGGAAGAUGCUAGGUCUGAAGAGAAAACUCACUCCAAAGAAGAGAAAGAAGAUCGAUGUUUGA